UUUUAGGCUAUGCUCGCUCUAAUUGUAACCCAGUUUUAACGCAAGCAAUUACCCAAAAAUGGCCGAAGUUGGUAACAGUAGCGAGACAACAACAGAGGAAAAAGAUGAUUUACAAAUUUUGAAGGAACUUGUGGACCAACUAUAUCACUUUAGGGAUUGCUACUUUGAAACUCACAGUGUAGAAGAUGCUGGUAGGAAACAGAACGAUGUUGCCCAAGAGAUGGACCAAACCCUCAAGCAGCUGGAAGAGAAAGAAGAGACAUACAAACAUAGCGCUCAGUUCUUGCUCUUGAAGGGCCGCUGUUUGAAUGUGGCCCCUUCAUUUAGCCAAGUGGCAGAGGAGUGCUUGUCUCGAGCCGUCAAGAUGGAGCCCGGCCUGGUGGAGGGUUGGAACACCUUAGGCGAGCAGUACUGGAAGAAAGGAGACUUAAUAGCCGCCAAGACCUGCUUUACAGGGGCGCUACAACAGAGCAAGAACAAAGUGUCUCUUCGUAGCCUUUCUAUGGUGCUGAGACAGCUGCCUCCUGGUGGGGACGCACAGGAGCAAGGCAAACGUAUCAUGGAGAGCGUGGACAUGGCCAGACAGGCGGUGCAGUUGGACGUCACAGACGGGACGUCUUGGUAUAUCUUGGGAAAUGCGUAUAUUUCCCUGUUCUUCACCAGUGGGCAAAAUCCUCAGAUGUCCCAGCAGGCUCUCAGUGCGUACGCACAGGCUGAAAAAAUUGACAGAUCAUCCUCUUUGAACCCUGACCUGCACUUCAACAGAGCUACGCUCUUUCAGUAUGAGGAGAUGUACAGCUCUGCUUUGGCUGGCUACAGCCGGGCUGCGGCUCUUGAUCCAGGGUGGGAGGAGCCUCCGGAGAGAGAGAGGCAGCUGCUGGACUAUCUGGAGCGAGUCACUGCACUGUUAGAAAAUAAGGGGAAAGUGAAGGCGCGGCGAUUGCGUACGAUGCUCUCCUCCCUUAAUGCGUCUGCUCUGGGACCAUGCGCCUCUCCUCAGUUCCGCUCACCCACAGGCCGCGUAGGAAGCCUGGAGCCCCGGUGCUUUUCCGCCCUCACACAUGGCCACAAUGCCGGGGUGGCUGCUCUGGGCAAGGUGGUGUUUAGCUUAGCCUCCGAGGGUCGCAUGGCCUUCACAUUUGGAAUGGUGGAUAGUGAAGAGACAUGUUGUGUAGUCAUGGUUUACAACACAGCUGACAGCUGGGGAGUAUUGAUAGGGGACUCCGUUGUCAUUCCUGAACCACAGGUGAAACGACAUAGUGUGACACACAAUGACAAGUCUUUUGAUUUCCGUAGUAUUCGUGUGGAAUCUCCCCUGCUCCUGAUAGUCAAUGGGAAGAGACAGAACCUGAAGAGCCAAACCGCUGCCUCUGUUAGCUACAAGCCUCAGAGUGAAUGA